GUGCCAUGGUGCUGUGCCUGUCCCCCGCCUGGGCCAGCCGGGUGCCAUCGGAGACGUCCCCGGGCGCCUGGUCCCUGCUGCUCUCCCGGGGCGUCUCCUUCAAGRUGGGGGGGCACAGCGCCCUGGAGACCUUCGUGCCGCCCCGCCGCGCCAACUACGUGACGGGCACCUUCKCGCCGUGGGACCCCGAGGGCGGCUGGGUGGGCGAGCUGGCCCGUGACCUCGACUGCCCCACGGGGGGCUCGGUCCCGCUCGCCCACCGGCUGGAGGACACGCUGGUCACCCGCUGGGUGCUGGCGGCUCACGGCAACCUGCCCGUGCCCCCAACCCUGGCCUUUGUCCUGGGGGCCAGGGGGGACCUGCCCGACAAGCCGGUGGCCCCCGGGGUGAGGCUGGUGCGGCUGCAGGACCCCCAGGGCCAGCAGAGCCUGGUGCAGGAGGAGGUGGGCGCCUUCCUGGGGGGCACUGCCAUGGAGCCCUACGAGCAGGUGGUGGUGCGGCCGGCGGGGUGGCGGUGGCGGGGGACAGGCACCCGCAGCACCCACAGGAAGGAGGAGGGGGCGGCGGUGGUGCAGGCGGUGGGUGCCCGGCUCCGGGGGCUGACGGAGGAGGACAGCGUCCUGCUGGAGGCCAUGGUGCCCACCGCCCGCCUUCCCGUGCCCCCCCCACGCAGCCCAGCCCCGCGGCUGCCCAUGGCCCUGCGCAUCUGCACCCUCGUCUGCAGGUCCUGGGGGGACCGGCCCCAGCUCUGCCAGGUGGCCUGCGCCGUGGGACGCGCGGAAAGCCCGGUGCGUCACGGCGCGGCGCUGCCCCUGGGCCUGGACUCCAGCCUGCAGCAGUUGGGGGUGGUGGCCCCCAGCCAGCGACAGGCGCUGGCCACGCGGCUGCGAGAGGCCACCGAGGCCGCCAUGGCCGCCCUCCUGGCCGCCGAGGCCGAGCUGAGCCMGCAGCAGCGCGGUGGCACCCGCGCMCACACCGACAUCCUCGGCGUGGACUUCCUGCUGGCGUGCGUGGAUGACGCUCUGGAGCURGUGGCCCUGGCCACCAACAGCCAGCGGUGCCUGGAGACCUGUGUGCUGGCCGAGGCCAUCGGGCGCGGCGUGGGCGAGCCCCGCGGGGACCUGCCACGGCUGCUGGCCGAGGCCAUGCUGCACCGGGCGCAGUGUCACCUGGUGGAGGGCAAGGACAUCCUGCUCAUCGGGGCCGGGGGCGUCAGCAAGAGCUUCGUGUGGGAGGCGGCCCGUGACUACGGGCUGAGGAUCCACCUGGUGGAGUCGGACCCGGAGCACUUCGCGGCGGGGCUGGUGCAGACCUUCCUGCCCUACGACAGCCGGGAGCACCGGCGCGACGAGGAGCACGCRGAGCGGGUGCUGGAGCUGCUGCGCUCCCGGGGGCUGCGGCCGCACGCCUGCCUCUCCUACUGGGACGACUGCGUGGUCCUGGCCGCCCUGGUGUGCCAGGGGCUGGGGCUCCGCGGCCCCGCGCCCGCCGCCGUGCGGGUGGCCAAGCAGAAGAGCAGCACGCACCGGCACCUGCAGCGCUGCCGCCGCGGCCGCCCCUCGCCCGCCGCCUUCGCCGUGCCCUGCCGCCGCCUGCGGAGCCACGGCGACGUGGAGCGGGCUGCGGGCGCCGUGCCCUUCCCCGCCGUGGCCAAGCUGGAGUUCGGCGCGGGCGGCGUGGGCGUGCGGCUGGUGGAGAACGCCGGGCAGUGCCACGCUCACGCCGCGCGGCUCUGGAGGGACCUGCGCGACGACGCCGACCACCCGGGCAUCGGGCUGGGCUGGGGCAACGCCAUGCUGCUGAUGGAGUACGUGCCGGGCACCGAGCACGACGUGGACCUGGUGGUGUUCGAGGGGCGCCUGCUGGGCGCGUGGGUGUCGGACAACGGCCCCACGCGUGUCCCCGCCUUCCUGGAGACGGCGGCAUGCCUGCCCUCCUGCCUGCCCGCCGACCGGCAGGCGCAGCUGGUGCGGGCGGCGCUGGAAUGCUGCCGGGCGUGCGGGCUGCGCGACGGCGUCUUCAACGUGGAGCUCAAGCUGGGGCCGGCGGGGCCGCGCCUGCUGGAGAUCAACCCCCGCAUGGGGGGCUUCUACCUGCGCGACUGGAUCCGCGAGGUCUACGGCCCCGACCUGCUGCUGGCCGCCGUGCUGGUGGCGCUCGGGGUGCCGCCGGUGCUGCCCGCUCGCCCCGCGCCCCGCACGCACCUGGCCGGGGUGAUGUGCCUGGGAUCGGAGCACGGCGAGACCCUGGCGGGCGGCGGGGGGAUGGAGGCUCUGCGGGAGCUGCACGGCCGGGGKCUCGUCCGCCUCAACCGGCUCUUCGAGGAGCCCGAGGGGGCCGGGGAGUACGAGGAGCCGCUGCUGAGCGUGGCGUGCAACGGGGCCACGCUGGCCGAGGCCGGCGAGCGCCUGCUGGGGCUCUGCCAGGGGCUGGGCAUCGACUCCCCGCGAUAUCCCGUGGAGCAUUUCUUGUCCCACUUCAAAUAGCGCCGGGCAGGCAGCGGGGAUAGCGGGGGAAUGGGUGUCCCGGCACCUCCUCCCGCCGCCCCGCCGCCCCUCCCCGGCGUCCCCCCGGCACCCCGGCCCGCUGUCCCGCCAUCCCGUGGCCUGGCACACCAUCUCCUGGCACCCUCCUACCKCCCUGGAUCCCCAUCACCUGCCAUCCCAUUGCCUGGCAUUCCCCGUCAUCCUGGCAGAAUUUCCCUGGGAUCCCCUCACUCUUCUGGCAGCCCAUCCCCUGGCAUCCUAUCACCCCAUCCGCUGGGAUCCCUCAUUACCCUGUCACCCCAUCCCCUGGCAUCCUGUCACCCCAUCCGCUGGGAUCCCCCAUUACCCUGUCACCCCAUCCCCUGGCAUCCUGUCACCCCAUCCGCUGGGAUCCCUCAUUACCCUGUCACUCCAUCCCCUGGCAUCCUGUCACCCCAUUACCCUGUAUUACCCUGUCACCCCAUCUCCUGGCAUCCCCCCCCCCCCUCCUGCUGCCCUAUCCCCUGGCAUCCUGAAACCCCAUCUCCUGGCAUCCCCCCAUCACCCUGACACUCUCCAUGUCCUGGCACCACAUCCCCUGGCAUCCCCUUCCACCCUGGCACCCCAUUCCCUGGCAUUUCCCCAUUAUGGUGGCACCCCAUUCCCUGGCAUCUCCCCAUUACCUCAGCACCUCAUCCCCCUCCCCUAGCACCCCAUUCCCUGCUUCCCAACAUUCCCUCCUUUCUCCCCGUCCCUCCCUGCCCCCAGUGCCCCCUGUCCCUGCAGCUGGGGCUCCACUGUCCCUCCCAUGCCCGGGACACACAGGGRGACACUGAACCCUGGCUGUCCUUGUCCCACUACCCAUCCCCAGGGUAGGGACACCCAGGACCCACCCCGAGGCACCUGGGCCACCCCACG